AUGGACUACAUCCUAGUAGUGCUGAAGAUGCUGUGCGCUCAGCUGAAGGAUGCGACAAAAAUGGUGCCGCAGAAUGCCAUGACUCUCGAUGGCAUCCUCUUCCAACGUACUUGGUUUCAGGGCGUUCUGGUCUUAGCCCCUAACGAAAACAACAGCGUAGAAGCGCUGCUGCUUCUCGACGAUAGAAUCAGCGUCGUCAAGCUCUCCCUUAACUCCGCCGACUUCCAUCUAUGCCCUUGGAAGACUGGGAUGUGUGUGAUGGUUAUUGGAGGAUACAGUGUUGGUGCAGUUCAGCCCCGAAUGAUCAAGGUUCACAAGAUUGUUGAUCUUUCAGCGAUCUCGGAUGGAGAGGCAAUGUCGUAUCGUGAAGUUAUGGAGGCAUACAAAUUGUUCUACGGCCCCUAA